GUUUUUACUCGCUUUCAACGCUUCAGAACCACCAGUAUUAUGAAAUUCACCCAGACCUUUGUCUUUGCUGCGGUGCUCAUUGCAACGGGCCAUGCGGCAGUACUUCCGCCGGGCUUUGCGAAGGGCGAUGGCGCGCCUAAUCUACCCAACAUUCCCGGGCCGCCGCUUCCGCCACCCAAUGUUCCUGGGCCUCCGCCACCCAAUGUUCCCGGCCCCCCGCCGCCCAAUGUUCCUGGCCCCCCGCCCCCCAACAUUCCCGGGCCGCCGCUCCCGCCGCCCAAUGUUCCCGCCCCCCCGCCGCCCAAUGUUCCUGGGCCUCCGCCCCCACCACCCAAUAUUCCUGGGCCUCCGCCACCCAAUAUUCCCGGCCCCCCGCUACCACCUCCACCACCGCCACCCCCGGGCCCACCCUAG